AUGUCGAUCUCUUCCAAGUUGAACAAUAUUUUGGUUCAACUUCCGCGCUUAUUUGACUACUCAUUGACGCCGGAUUUGGAGACGAGCCUGAUAAGAGUGCUAUAUUAUGCGUUGUCGGGAGACUCCAAGUACUAUGAGCUCCUGUUCCCGGACUUAAUGAUCAACGAGGAGUUCCCCUCCAAUUGGGAGUCCACUAUUGUCCAUGACUAUCACGGGUUGAUCACCAAGGGUCGUUUUUACGAUCGUCAGAAACAGAGCACUAGUAAAGCUCAUCAUGGCAGGAUCUGCGCACAGAAGAUCGAAAAGGAUCAAGUGGUGUACAACUGCUACGAUUGUGGUAUAGAUGAAACAUGUUGUCUGUGUGACGACUGUUUCAACAAAGAGCAGCACUCUGAUCACGACGUGGGGACCCAUAUCUCCAAUGGAGAUGCUAUUUGUGAUUGCGGAGACCACGAGUCUUGGAAGUGUGAUCUCAAGUGCGUCGCUAAUAGUAUGGUGGAGUCCGAGCCCGAUGAUUUGCCGACGGAGCUUGUCGAGAUCAUCAAUGAGGUCAUUCGUACUGUCUUUGACUACUUUCUGGACGUUCAAGCUUUGAAUACACAUACUGUCCCGGGAACCCAGAGAUACCUAUAUGCCGAGAAGAAUCCUGACUUAUUUAAGCUUUACUCGGAAACUGCGCAACUUUCCAAAGACAAAUACGGCUCAGAAGAUACAAACUCAGAUGUGUACUGUCUGAUUGUAUGGAACGACGAGUUCCACGACUGGACAAUCUCCAAACAGAGCAUCGCCAUGGCAUUGCCAACUACUGCAUCGGAUCACAAGAAGAACCAACAGCUUACACAGGAAAUAGAUAGAGAGGGCAAAAGCAUCAUAUCCACCAGCAAGAACAUAGACGUCCUCAUGAAACAGUAUUACAAAGUUCAGACACACGGAUUGACUGCCACCAUCGUGUCAGCGAGAGAUGCAACCAGAGACUUCCUUUGCGAGAAUAUCAUUAAUUGGCUGGUCAAGAUGACAUCGCACCCGAAUUCCAAAAUUUCCGAGUGUGUGAAGAUAUCUAUUGCCAAUGCGAUGUUUGAACAAUACAAUACCGUGCAUGAAGAGGAGAAGACUGUUGGCAAGUAUUUCUCUUUCUCAAAUCCCGACAAUGUUGGCAACUUGCUCCCUAAUUUCAAGAUCCCACAACUACCAGGAAGCGUUUUGAAGAAAGACGUGAACAUAUCCAUGUUGAAACACAUCGGACUUGCAUUGGCCAGUGAGCAUUUAGAGCCUGAGGAGUAUGCUGAGGCCACCACUACGAGAAUUCAGAUGUUCUUCUUUAUGGAAAUGCGGUUAUGGAAAAAGCUCAGAAAGACGCUUCGGAGCUUGCUUUUGCCGACGUUGACCACGUCCUAUCAGUACAGAGAGAUCCUAGCUGACCAGAUAGUCGAAAUUCUUCCCCUGUUGGAAUUGAUUCAAGCCAAGCAUGACCGCGAAUGGAAUCUCUCGCUGAUGGACCACUUCCGUCUUCAGAUAUAUCUUGAUCCUAAAAUCGGCACUCAUCUGCUUACAACAGGCAAACUGUGCUCGGUUUUCCAAAGCACGAUACAGAUAUUCAAGGAAAACGUUCUUCCUGGAACCGACAAGUACUCUCCAGAACAGAAUGUGACUGAUUGGAAGGUGCAGCGACUGUUGAAUGCGGAGUCAGCCUGUCUCAGAGGACUUGAAACGUUGACUAAUUACAUCAAGCCUGGGUACGAGGAUAUUUUGGGAAACAGACUUCUUUGUUACUUGAUUCUGACACUGCGGAUGUUUGAUCAAUCGUGGUCUCUCAAACGAAAAAGAGACGUUCAUGUGGAGAUAGAAAGCCAAGAGAGCAAACUAUACUUUAUCAGAGCUCACCAGGCGUACAACUUGACAAAGAAUGUUGGUAAGAUAAUUGCCGGUCUAGAUACCAAGAGCUCUGUUGUUGAGGAAGCUAUUGCAAUCAUUGGUAUGUAUCUGACGAAUUCGUCGGCGAUCUACGAUAAUGAUCUGGAUAUCAUCAAGUACGAAGUGUCCAAGGAAAAGACUUCGUUUAUCAACCCUGUCCAUUCUCUUCUGGCUGAAGUUUGUCGGAACUACAAAUUCUUUGAUUUGACAAUGUUGGAGCGCAACAAGUCAGGCUUACCAAGUGGUGACACCUGGGAUCCUGAAACCACCCAAGACGAGAUCAAUCUUUUCGCCAUCGCCGAUCAGUCUUUACGCAGCCAAGUGCUUUCUGCUCAAAUCCUGUCGGGUUUCUGGGUUAGAAAUGGUCAGGAAGCAAUGUUCCAAGAGCUUUCUUACCGUUUCAUCUUCAACCCUGAAGGAGACCUUUAUUUGAACCAAUUGAGUGUUUUGUUUGAACCUUCAAUCAAGAGGUCACUUUUGAAUAUCUUUGACAGGUAUGAGCUUCUUAAAUGCAUCAAUGGCAAUCAGCAGUUUGACAAGACGAUAUACGAAGAGCGAGGCACGUCGAUUAUUGGUGAAAUGGUCCAUUUCUUUUACAGACUUCUCACGUAUCGCGUUUUCUUUGACAAGACCAUCUCUGCUAGUGAAAUUGACUACCUGAAAACUAAGUACGCAAUUUGCUACAAACUGAGUCUGGGGCCUGUUCAAUAUACUGAUUUGAAGAGAGCUGUGGAUAGCUCGGCUGAUUUUGACCGCUUGUUAAAAGAAGUUAGCGUGUUCAAUCCGCCAACAGGUAUUAACGACUAUGGACACUAUUCUUUGAAACCGGAGCUGUAUUCCGAGUUGGACCACUUGAGCUAUUUCAACAAGAGUAAUUCGCAAGAUGAUCUUGAGAUGGCUUUGUUCAACAAUAUUGCUGCCAACAAAAAGAAGAAGGUGGAAGAGGUUGUGAUUCAUCCACAGAUUUAUCCAUUGAAGGGAGACGAUUUACAGAAGUUUGCCAAAAUAGGCGCCGCCUUUAGAAGCCCGCUAUUUGUCAAGUUCAUCUACAAAGCGCUAUCGUUUGCAAUUUCUUCGGAGAAUGACAAUUUUGUUCCUCACUUGCUACAUUUAGUGCAUGCUAUCAUUGUUGACGAUGGUCUUUAUAAUUCCGAGAAUGAUCAGAGUCUUCAAGCGUUUAUUGAUAUCCCAGUCAGCAACUUAUUGUUGACUUUGAUUGAGAAGGAGGACGUUUCCAAGUUUGUCGCUAAGAAGGCUUCCUACAUUUUGGAUCUUCUCUUGACCAAAGACGAAAGUGUCCUGCAGUCUCUAAUUGACUGUUUCGGCCAAGCUCACAUUGAUGAAUUCAAGAAAACCGCUCGUGGAAAGGUUCUGGAGACCAAGAAGGAGAGAGCAAAGAGGUUGGCCUUGAAGAGACAACAAAAGAUCAUGAAGAAGCUGACAAAACAGCAGGCUGCGUUUGUGGAGAACAACAAGGUCUUCUUUGAUGAGCCCGCCCCAGUUGAGAAACCCGAGGCCGAUAAGUUGGAAACAGAGCUGCGGACCUGCAUUUAUUGUCGGAACCCUGAAAACUACAAGGAGUUGUUUGGUAUGCCAACACUGAUAUCUCAUUCGUCUGUGUUCUGGAACGUUCCAAUUGUUGACAUGGAUGCUCCUUCCUUGAUGAUUCCCGGUUUCCCCACGAACAAUGCCAACUCUAGAAAACGUAAGUGGCAGGACCUGGUGGAGAAUAUCUCUUGUUUUGGAACAAAGUGCACACGGUCCAAGUACGUCAUCACCGGAUGUCUCCAUGGAAUGCAUUACAGCUGUUUCCACGACUACUUGAAAGAGAACCAUGCCGACGUUUCUCAGUACACCUGUCCAUUAUGCCAAUCUUACUGCAAUUCGUUCAUUCCAACGUCUCGGUUCCCUGACUUUGAGCUGGAGAUUGCGUCUGAGCUCAAGUCCAAGACCUGGCAGAAUAUUUACAACGAGAACCAGGGCGACAAUUGUUCAGAGCUGAGUGGCUACGUGUUUGACAAGAAGAUGUUCCGUGUGUUGUCGCACUCGGAACUGCCCGAAUAUAGAACGAUCAUGAGGCAGUUGAGAACCUUGAUGAAGGAGAAUAGAAUCAUGCGCAAAGUGGUCAAAUCGUCUUCCCAGCAACUGUCGUUGAAGUUUUCGCUGCCAAUCUUGUUGGGAAACACCUUGGAGAUGUAUGAAAUAUCUUCCAGGACGAAACUCAAGCCGGAUGAGGAAGACCUGAGUUCCAAAGACAUGACAUUGUUGCGCUCUUUGGUUCAGUUCCGUGUUCUGCUCAAUUACCUGCCUCCAGAUCCUCCUAACGACUAUAGCAGAUUUGCCGAGUACAAGUCUCUGGUCAGAUCAGACAACUUUGGCUCUACAACAGAGAUGUUGCUUUUGUACAUGGAAGGUAACGAGUCGUUUGAUAUUCUGAUGAGACUAGAGCUAACCAAGUGGAUGGUGAAGGCUUUGUUUUCACUGAUUUCCAGAUACAGUCUGAACCCGGGCAACUUGAACGUCGACAGUGUCUUGAAGCCUGUUGAGCCACUGGAAGGCCCACUCAAGGAGACUUUUGUGCUAUUAACAAAGAAGUGUGCCGCGAACCUGUUUCGCAAGUUCAUUAGCGAGAUCGGGCCUGCCUACUACAACGACGAGCUAAUCACAAAGCUCAACACAAUCAUGGUGAACAUCUUUGACUGCUACUAUCGGCAGCUGAUGCUUGUGAAACAGACGUUCAAUCUAGGCGGUGGGGAGUUCCCAACGUACCAAGAGCUGUUGGGCAACUUGCAGGACACAAAGAGUCUAGAGUACUCUGUUUCGAUCCAAGUUGCCACAUCGAUGUCGAACUACCUGAGCUCGACGAACUCUCUGGUGCUGGACUUCCCUGGUAAGGUCCAUCUGUGCGAGCUGCCAGAAAAGCUGACGGAUUUCCUCAAGUACGACUCAAUUGGCAAAGAGAAGGCCGCCGACCGCAAGUACCUGUGCCUGUUUUGCGGGUCUUUGGUGAAGAAGCUGCAACACUUGUCGAACUGCAAGCUGAACGACUCGAGCUACUCGUUGUUUUUCUCGCCGUUCAACAACAAGCUGGAGUUUGAGCUGACGGCCACGAAGAACAACAUCUUCUUUGACAUUCAGAUACCGAACGGGGCGUCGGUGAGCGUUGGGUCGCCGUACUUCAACCGGCACGGCGAGCCGGCGGGUGGGCUGCUGGGCGCGGGCGAGAGCGGGACGCUGCACCUGCCACGGUACAACUACAUCAACAAGAUCUGGCUGAACCAGUACCUGAUAUCCACUAUUUACAGAGACCUGCAUGCGUCGAUUCUGAGUCGGCGACGCGUGCAACCGUUCCAGUUUGGCAUCCCAACACAGAACCAGACGCGACUGUCGGAGGACGAGGAAAUGAGCGAGGACGACGACGACGACGCAGAGGCGAUGGAUCCGGAAGAGUACCUCACGAAUUUGCUGAUGCGGCAGGGAUACUACGAGUUUCUGUAG